AUGUCUCCCUGGCAUGCAGAACACCCCAUUCUUGCAGAGGUUGGCCUGAGCGAAUUCCACCAUCGCAAUGGCCUCGGUGUGUCCAUGCCACUCUGCUCCCUGGACGGCAUUCAUUCACACCGGAGUAACGACGCGUUCCGCCCGCACAAACAGGAAAUACCUCGUCAUCUUCAGGUCUGGGCACCACCAAGUCUGCUCGCUCUCAUGUCAUGCUCAACCACCUCCCCAAGCUGCACAACGGCAGGGACAUUGUGUUGGUGUGCGCGUGCCAGUGGUUUGGCGAGGAGCGCAUGGGCCGUGAGGGGGAAGAUUGGAUAUGACCCCUCGUGUACGCAGGCAGAAGAAGAGUUCAACAAGUACACGUGCACGGAUCUGGCGCUGAAGACCAAGUUUGGGCUCAUCAUCAUGGCUGCGGGUGCCAUCCCGUCAUUGUCGUCGACCACUACGUGCUGGUGCGUAUGGAUGAAUGGCACAUGGUGUGUGUGUGUGUGCGUGUGUGUGCGUCUUCCGAGGAUCCUGCGGUCGAUCCCUGAUGAGGUGGUGGAGAUGAUGCCGAAACGCGUUGUGUUGUGUUUGAGAAGUUCUUCAAGUCCCUCUCCACCCAAGUGCACACAGCGCUGGAGUCUGCCAGGAUCAACCUGUUCAGCGGCGACAACGCGUGGCAGGGCCCUUGAGCCAGCAGAUGUCACCCCUCCUGCACCAACCACCACUGCUCUGAUGGGAUGAACAGACGAGCGCUGCCAUGCGAUGACCAUCCAGCCACGCUUGUGCGGCUGUGGAAGCAGCAACACCAACACACACAAACAAGCAAGCGAUGAGCAACUCACUGCUCGUCUUUCCCGCUCUUUCUCGCCCUCCCUGACGGCCAUCACAACAACAACAACAGCAGCAGCAGCCAACAUACCCUCCACCGCCGAUGCAGCAGCAGCAGAGAAUGCACCACCACCACCACUUGCUGCUGAACACAUUCCCCGACCAACCAACCCAUCGCCCACUGCUGCUGGCGGAAGCUGGCUGUUUGCAGCUGGUAACAGGUGGCGACAGCACAAGUUGCAUUUUCGGCUGGAAGCAGAAGUAGCAGAGGUGAGG